AUGGACGAGGAGGACUACGAAGAGCAGCUCCUCAUCGACCUGGGCGUAAGGGAGGUGUCUGCUGCCCAGGUCGAGGCCGACGUCAUUGCCCAGGAGGAGCGGCAGGUCGGCGAGGAGGGUGAUGGCGAGGACGUCGUCGCGGACGAGGACGGCGCCGGGCCGUCGGCCCAGGAACCCCCCAGCCCCACCGCGGAGCGCACGGCGCGCCUGCGCGACAUCCGGCGCGAGAUCCGGACGCAGCGCGACAUCCUCGACGACAUGGGCGGCGCGGGCGAGGACGAAGGCGGCGCGUCGGCGCUGCAGGCGCGGCUAGCGAAGGAGCGAUUGCGCGACCUGCAACAGGAAGAGAGGUCGCUCGCGGAGGCUCUCGGAGUGCCCGUGGAGGCGCCGAAGGAGGCGAAGAAGGUGGCGGCGAGGGCGGGGCCGGGGGGCAAGGCGCGGAAGCGGAAGGCGCGGUUGAUGGACGCGGAGGAUGACGAGGAGGUUGUGGGCGGCGGGGGCGCGUCUGGCGGCGCGAUGGUGGAGACGGAGCGGGACCGGAGGAUCCGGAUGGGCGAGGCGACGCCGUUCGCGGCGAUCGGGGGCGCGGGGGCGGCGGGCGGGGGCGGCGCGCGGCCGGCGGCGGUGCAGGCGCGGGGCAGGGGAAUGCUCGCGGCGAUGGCGGAGCGGGUUCGCGGGCAGGAGCGCGAGGGGUACGUGAAUCCGCUGACGGUGCCGCGGGUGCGGCUCGGCGACGCGAAGGACGCGGCCGAGGCCUUGUAUGAGAGCGGGGGGGGGUCUGCGGUACGACGCGUGUCGGGGCGUCACUUCCACCCGGACAGGACGCGCGCGGCGAGGCCGGUGAUCGACGAGGAGCGGAAGCGGAAGCGCGGGUCCGUGAACAAGGCGCUGCUGAGGGACGCGGCGAAGAGACCGAUGCCCGGACCGGUCCAGAUGCCCGAGGGCGGGGGCGGAGCCGAGGGGGGCGGCGGCACUGCAGGUGUCGCCGCCACGCGCGCCGAGCCGGAGCCCGCCGGUCCCGCGGCCAGCAGCGACAGCGAAGCGGCGGCGCGGGCGCUGCUCGACGAGGACAGCGAGGACGAGGACAGCUCCGAGGGGCAGAGCGACAGCGACGGCGCGGAGGACAUUUUCGGGGGCGACGACGCCGACGAGCAGGACUUCAUCGCACGUUGCAGCGUCGCGCUGCAGAAGCUCGAGAAGGCGGAGGCGGAGGGGGGCGGCGACGGCGCGGCGCAGGACGUGGAGCUGGAGGGGGGUUUGAGAGUCCCCGGGGUGGUGUACAACCGGCUGUUCGAUUACCAGAGGACGGGCGUGAAGUGGCUGUGGGAGCUGCACUCGCAGCGCGCGGGCGGCAUCCUCGGCGACGAGAUGGGCCUCGGCAAGACGGUCCAGCUCGCGGCCUUUCUCGGGGCGCUGCACCACUCGGGGCUGUUCCGCCCGUCGCUGAUCGUGUGCCCGGCGACGGUGCUCCGGCAGUGGAUGCGCGAGCUGCACGAGUGGUACCCGCUCUUCCGCGUGGUCGUGCUGCACGACAUGAUGCGCAAGGGGCGGCGGAAGGCCGAGUUCGCGACCAAGGAGGAGCUGGUCGACGUGGUGACGGGGGCCGACUCCGGCGUGCUGGUGACGACGUACGAGCAGCUCAAGGCGUCGCGCGAGAAGCUCCUCGAGGUGCCGUGGGGGUACGUCGUCCUCGACGAGGGCCACAAGAUCCGGAACCCGGACGCGGACGUCACGUUGACCUGCAAGCAGCUGCGCACCGUGCACCGCAUCGUCAUGUCCGGCUCGCCGAUCCAGAACUCGCUGACGGAGAUCUGGUCGCUGUUCGACUUCUGCUUCCCGGGCAAGCUCGGGACGCUCCCCGUGUUCCUGCGCGAGUUCGCGGCGCCCAUCCAGGUGGGCGGGUACGCCGGGGCGUCCCGCGUGCAGCUCGCGACGGCGUACCGCUGCGCAGUCGUCCUGCGCGACAUCAUCUCGCCGUACCUCCUCCGGCGACGCAAGGCCGACGUGCGGCUGCAGCUGCCGGGCAAGACCGAGCAGGUGCUCUUCUGCCCCCUGACCAAGCUCCAGGAGGACGCGUACCGCGCGUACUUGGCGACGAAGGAGGUGCAGGAGAUCGUGGACGGCAGCCGGAACGCGCUCGCGGGGAUCGACAUUCUCAAGAAGAUCUGCAACCACCCAGAUCUGCUCCAGAGAGUGCAGAUGGGCGGGUCCGAGGGAUACGGCCUCCCGGAGCGGUCCGGGAAGCUGCGCGUCGCGGAGAAGGUCCUGGGGAUGUGGAAGCAGCAGGGGCACCGCUGUUUGGUGUUCACGCAGACGCAGCAGAUGCUCGACAUCAUAGAGCUGUGCGUGCAGGCCGGCGGGUUCAGGUACCACAGGAUGGACGGAAGCACCGCGGUCGGCCUCCGCGCGAAGCUCGUCGAGUCGUUCAACCGCGACGAGAGCGUGUUCGCGUUCCUGCUCACGACGCGCGUGGGCGGCCUCGGCGUCAACCUGACGGGCGCCGACCGCAUCCUGCUGUACGACCCGGACUGGAACCCGAGCACGGAUGCUCAGGCGCGGGAGCGCGCGUGGCGUGUCGGCCAGACGCGGCAGGUGACGAUCUACCGCCUGAUCACGUCCGGCACCAUCGAGGAGAAGAUAUAUCAGCGGCAGGUAUACAAGGAGUAUCUCACGAACAAGGUCCUGCGCGACCCGCGCCACCGACGGUCCUUCCGCGGCAAGUCGAUGGCGGACCUGUUCCGCCUCGGUCCGCGCCAGGGCGGCAAGGACACCGACACUGCGCUCGGCGGCGUUCCCGGGCGCAUCACCGCGGAGGACGCGACGGCGCGCGCGGCCCCAAAGGCACGCGGCCGCGCGGCGGGCGGCCAGCGGGGCCGGCGGCGGAGCAGCGGGGCGGGCACCACGGCCAACGAGGGCACAGACGAGGGAGACGAACACGACGGGCAGGAGGGGGGGAGUGAUGGGGACGCGGGAGCGGGCGAUAACGCGUCGGUCCUGCAGCAGCUGUUUGAGGGGCAAGGCGCGCUGAGCGGGGCUCUGGACCACAACGCCGUCGAAGGGCUUGGAGAGCGCGAGAGCACGGUCGUGCACAACGAGGCCACGCGCGUCGCCGAGCGCGCCGCGCGGGCCAUCAGGGAGAGUGCGCGUGAGUGCGCCGCGCUGCCGGUGAACACCCCCACCUGGACCGGCAGGGAGGGCAGCGGCCCCCGGCCCCGUUUCGGCGGGCGUGCCCCGGCGGCGGCUGCUGCGGCGGGCGGCGCGGCGUCGUCCGCGACCCUGCUCGCGCGCAUGCGCAGCAGCCGCGGGCAGCCGGCGGCGCCGGCCCCGAGCGCUGCUCCGCGGCGGGCGUCGGCCCCCGGGGCCGCGGGGCGGGCCAGCAGCGGCGGCGCGGACCAGACCGCGGUGGCACGGAGGAUCGCCGCGUCGAUCACGAGCUUCCUGCGGCGCCGGGGCGGCGCGGCGGCGUCGGACGACGUUGUCGCCGCGUUCAAGGACAACCCGGAGGCCGCGGCCAACCCCGUCCUGUUCCGGGAGUGUCUGCGGAGCACGGCGCGCAUGCAGGAGCGCGCGAGCCAGGGGCGCGUGUGGGUGCUGAAGGGCGGCGGCGCGGGGCCGUCGAGUAGAUAA